CGGCCGGAGCUACGUCAAUUCUCUCGCCAGAGCUUUGCAGCAUCGUCACUCUUUUUUUCCUUGUUUUCACCAGAAAAAUUACCAGUAACUUGGUCCUGGGCAAAGCUACACAGCUUUUGCUUCUGCGGAGAACUGUGCGGAGGCUCAAUUGCAGUAUGCGAAGCUGCGCAUAGGGUCCUUUUUACGGAAAGCUCACACCCUUGGCUCGAAAAAACGCCUCUGGGGAAUAAUAUCUCUCUUCCUGCAACAAAGCGUAUCAUUCCAACUUUGCCAACAUGGGCUUCGCAACCGGCUUUACCGGUGGCGUGACGCUCACCCUUUCUCUCGCAUACCUCUCCGUCCUCGCGCACCAGCGCAAUCGCGAAGCUCAAAGCAGAUCCAUUCGCACGCAGACGCUGAUGAUCCAGCAUCUCAUCGAUCCGAUCCCGCAGCCGCUUCCCCCCACCAGAUCCGAAGUCGCCGCUGCCCAACGAGAAGCCGCCGUCGAGGUCGCCAAGAACCGAUGGAACUCGGAGGUUGAGAACGCCGUGCGCUGGGUGCAGCACACUGACUGGGACGAGGUGCGAGAGGGCAUGGAGAGCAGGAUUGCAUACCUAUACGCCAAGGCGACGGGCCAGUCUGUGGAGGAGGUGCUAAAGGCAAGACGCUCUCUCGAGCCUGUCAAGAGGACGCAGAACAAGGCGGGUGGUGAGAUUGCGGCUGCUACAAGAGGAGUUUUCAAUCAUUCCAAGGAGACAGCAGAGGUCGUGGAGAUGAAUGCCGAGAACAGGGCUCUGGAUGCAAGGCUGAGGAGUAAAAAGUUCAUCGAGGAGACUGCGACCGAGGCCAAGGACAUUGUUAGCACAACCCUGGAGAAGGGUCGGGAAAAGGCAAAGGAGGUCGUGGACAAGGCCAAGACGGCUGUUGGCCUGGCUGAAGCGCAGGUGGAGGAGAUGACAGGCGACAAGGCGAAGUCACAGCUGAGCCCUGUGCAACAGGCUCUGAAGCAACGAUACGAGAAGCCUUCAAAAGACACACGGACAACGGCAGAAAUUCUCAAGGAGAGAUACAUUCCUAUGGACCAACGGGAUAACACCAUCUUGCGAGGAUUAUAAGAGGGUCUAAGGGAGGUCUAAAGGGAGAAUUUUGAGAGCGAAGAAACCAACAAUGACAAAAAGGUGAACCUGAACAUGGCCAUCCAACGGACGCUUGAUCAGGCUGAGAGCAUCCGUGCAUCUUCAUGCGUGGCGCGCAGAUAGACGUUAUAAUGUAUUACUAUUACAUCCUCUACUGUUAUGAGCAUCUGAAAG